GCGGGAACUUAAAGAGGGUGUAUUCCCGUAGGAGGAGGAGGAGGAGGAGGAGUGAGAAAGUGAAAACAGGAGAGCGAGAUGGAAGGAAAGUGACAGAGAAGAGGAGAGAGAACAGUCUCUGUUCGUCCCACAGUCUGAGACACGACUGUUUUCAGCCAUGUGGAGAUAAAAUCCAGCCACUAGUCGAUGGAAACUUUCUCCUUUCUCUUUUCUGUCCAGAGCUCUGGAAUCUACUGCACUGAUCUGGUUUGCCAGCUUUUUUCCCCUUAACUGAACUGGAGCAAAAAAAAAAAAAAAGCUGUUGUUCCUUUUGUGGAAUUUGUUUGAUCCUUUUCAGAUUUUUUUUUUUUACUAAUUUGAACCAUGGGAGUGUAAAUUUUAUGUGAUUGCUCCUUUUUUGGAGACUUUGGAGCCUCUGAUGUCAAAACUUUAAAUCUUUAUUUCUUGAAAAAAGUUGACUGAUCUGUGUUCUCUGCAGCCACAUUCUGGAGGGAAACUCAGUGGCCUCUCCAGGCUGAAGAACCUGGUUUUCUUAGAUGGUCUGGGAUUUAAACAGGCCUCUUUUGGGAUUUCAGGAACAUCUGCACGUCGCUCGAGGGCGGUGGAACUUCUACCAUGGAUUUCUGUUUUUGUAAAACCUCCCAGCUGUGACGGAUUUGACCUUUUUUUUCAGUGAGGUGGUUGAAUCCUGGAGAUCAGAGCUGGUUCCAUCUCCACAAGGAUGCCGUAGUGUGACAGACAUAAUGUGACGCAGAUGAUGCUGUUGCUGCCCGUGCCAUGCUGACAGGGAGGCCAGCUCUCGCGACUGUGUUGCUGUGUUUGGUCUGUCUGCUCGCUCUAAAACCACAGCCAGCCGCCGCCGCCGCCGCCGCCAUACGCUGCACACGAGACAUCAUCAAAUGGGUUGGGGAACUCAUCAAGAAAACCUCCGACUUGCAGUGGUUGGACUGCAGACUGUACACCCCCACCAUCCAAGACUACCAGCAGAAUUGUCCCAGCUCCACCUUGAAAUGUUUUGCUGACGAAGUCAAAGUCCUCGUCAAAGAGUGGGAAACCGUCGGAGUCGUCGGCUUUCGAAAUCUCAAACUGAACAUCAAGCUUGAAAUACUUGCAUCGCGGUUCAACCAGACAGAGUCAGAGUGUCGUCAGUGCGAGCUCCUCAAAGUACAAAAUGCAACAGUGUUCCUCGAAGAUCUUCGUUCAACUCUUCAGAUUAUAAACACAGACUUCUGCAGAUAGCUCCACAAUGCUUCUCUAAAGGACUUUUUAAAAUAGACUCCAUGGCCUGUUUUCCUCUUCAUGGACUUUUCAUACCACCUGAGCACAAAUAAAGUGCAACAUGCAUGA